AUGCGGUUGUUUCUUGUUCUUACUCUUCUCAUUCACAUCAGACUCAGUACUAGUGCUUGGAGAUCUAUCAAGACCACUAAACUUCCUGCUGAAAGUGUAACUCCUAAGAAAGCAGCUGUGAAAGAGACUGCAAGUCCAAAGGCUGCGGAGAAGAAAGCAUUGCUCAUAGGCUCUUUCAACACUGUCCGUGCUAGUGUAUUACUCAUUCAUGCAGCCUGCAAAGAGUAUGUCGGUCACUCAGACUUUGUGGAGCAAAUUACAAAGGGAAGACAAAGGAACUUAACUCACCAAUACUUCAUAGCUGACACAAUUGAAGGAAGUGCUAGUUUUUGCCAAUCCAAAAUACCUUUAGAUCUAUUUAAUCUUUGUCCUGAAAGUAAAUGCUCUGGACAUGGUGUCUGUGAGACUGUGAAUGAGCACACACCAAUAGCCCGAGUUCAAUGUUUGUGUGACUAUGGAUACAAUGGGAUGUUCUGUGAAAACGAGAUUCGGUCGAAAACAGGAUUACUUAUAACAUUCUGGAUUAUAAUUAGUUUGGAAGCUUUCUUCAUCUUACUGGCUGUGUUCCGAUACAGUUAUCAGAAGUUCUAUGAUCCACCUUAUAGAGCAGAGAGAUUCGUCGAUGUACUCAAGGCUUCGAACAAACACGAUAAGAAAGCUCGAAAAUGA